AUGCUCGCGCAGAUGGCUGCUACCGCAGGUUCCGUCGCGGUAGGGUCUACCAUCGGCCACGGCAUCUCCAGCCUUCUGUUCGGUGGCAGCUCGGCGCGUAACCCCGACCCUGCCGACACACCUCUGGCGCAACAGGCCGCUGCUACCCCUGUCAACCACCAACAGACUGCCGGCGUGAGCUGCGAGGCGCAGGCGAAGGAGUUCACGAAGUGCCUGGAGAAGGCUGACCUCCCCUCUUGCACCUGGUACUUGGAGCAGCUCAAGGCUUGCCAGGCCGCUGCUGCACCGUAUUAG